CUCUUUAACAUGUUCACUGUUUAUCAUUGCAGUAUUUUUGUUUCUUGUAUAAUGGAUGAUAUAUCAAGUGUGUGGCUUGUUAUUAAGUCAAUAGAUUGGCUUGAGGAAACCCGUCUGCUUAGUAUUCUCCUCACAAUUUAUAUUCUAUGUAUAUCUCUCACGAUCAUCACAUGGAACCGAAUCAACAUACAGGCAAUUUACUUUUGUACUUUAUGCUGUGGAAUUUACAUGGCAGAAAACAUAAACCAGUACUGUGCAAAAUAUUGGAAAUAUAUCUCGACAAAAAAUCAGUUCUUUGACAGUGGAGGAAUGUUUAUAUCAGUCGUCUAUUCUCUACCCCUUCUUUUGAACUUGCUGGUCCUCGUUGUUCAUUGGUUACGCAGCGCUGGCAAAGAUGUUAUUUAUGUGAAGCGCAAGCAACUUUUAUCACAAAGGAAGAAAAAAGAUGAUUAAAAAUUUCAAAUCAGUUUUUAAUUAAGAUGAUGGGUAAAAAUGAACUUUAAAAAAUACCAAUUCAACGAUUGAUAUAUAUUUCUGACAAACCUGUUUCUUUUACUGAAAUGUUUAAUGUUGUUUCAGUAUUGACCAAAACUGUGUAAGCCUUAUAUGUCAUAGUUCUUUGCUUGUAAGUUAGGUGGUUAAGAAAAGAAAACAUUAGAGUUACUAGUUUUUAAAUAGUUUAUCAUCUGUUUUACCCAAAUUGUCAAUUAACAUUAUCAACUUAGUUGUUUUUAUUUUCAUUACCUACUAUAUUGUAUAACAUCAAAAUAUGCAGAAGUCGUAUUUAUGGGUUAAGUAUAAAACAACUAACAAUAUUGUGUAUUUUUUAUUUAAACAUGUUUUAAUCAUGAAGCUAUUGUUAUGCUAUCUUUUUUUUAAAUAAUUUUAAGCCAAAUUUCUCACAUUGCCAACAAUUAAUUGACAUAUGUAAUAGUUAGUGUUGUAUUUUAAAUGUAAAAUCCCCAAUCACAUUUAAAUUGUGGUGCUUCAUAUUAGCUCCAUUUAAGCAGUUAUUCUGUUGAAAAUUCGUUAUUCCCAUUUGUUAAACUUUAUAUUCAGAUACUCAUACACAUCAUUUUUACAUUUUAGAUCAUCUGCUACAGAACAGUUUUAAAUGUUUUAUAUUUUGUUGUUGUAAAUACGAAUCAAAUGAUGGCUCCUCAAAAACAAGUUGUGCUCGUUACAGGAUUUGGUCCAUUUGGAACGUAUGAAGUAAACUCCAGCUGGGUUGCUGUGAAAGAAAUGUCAUCAACUGGUUUAGAAAUCAAAGACGUAAAUCUUGUUGUCAAAGAAAUACCGGUUGAGUAUGACAUCAUAGAUAAGAAAGUUCCACAACUCUGGAAAAAAUACAACCCAGUGGUAUGAUGUGUUUAUUGCUUUAAAGAAAUGAAUAUUUCUAAUAAAUCUGAUUUCCAAAAAAAAA